UAACUCCCGUAACACAGUCGAUGAGCACGGAAACGGGUCGAUGCUUCACACUACGGGCCAAAAACCCCACGCGGUGUCCGUUUGGAAAUGGCCAAAGAGACGAGAGAACUCCCGUCUCUUAUGGAACUUUACGAGAGGACCCACAAGAACAAGGCGAGCCGAAUUAUAGAUGGCAAGUCUGAGCAAAUCUACAACGAUUUGGCUGCUCGGGUUGAAGAACGCCAGACCCAGCUGACCCAGCAGUCCACCGAUGGAUUACCCGUCACCUUAUCCACACCUGAAGUGGAUAAGAUUUACGAGGAGGUUGUCCCUAAAAAAAAGGGACGGACGUUGGGGAUUGGUUCCGUCAACGAUGUUCCGAGAGCGACACCGUCUUAUGGUCAGCGACGGGAUGAUGAAGUCUCUCAGCUGCGUAGGGAGUCCGAUGAGUUGCGUAGAGAGUCUGCUGAGCUACGUCACGAGUUGAGCUCAACGCGAUCUCGUAUGGGUGGACUCGAGGGCUUCUUGGACGUUGUAGCGGCCACAAAUCCGGAAUGGGAGACCUUGUUGAGGACCAUGCGACAACGAAAUCCUAUUCCAGGCGAGUCAACAUCCGACACACAUGCCGAGGCGGAUGUAACGGCGAGGAGAUCAGAAGAGAAGAUGAUGGGGGCGAUGAAUCUCCGAAGAAGCUUAUCAGCUUUGCAUGCCAAAUGUGAAGCUUUGAUAUGGGCUAUGGAGUGCAUGAAGACCCUUGAUUUUUCAGACGUAGUUUUCGCAACAGACUGUUCUCAAUUAGUGAAGAUGGUGUUCUCACCUGACGAAAUUUUUUUGAAAUUUGAUAUUUAAUUUAAUACAAAAGGAAUAUUCUGUAAAAAGAUAUCAUUCAACGCCUAAAAUGCCCAAAUUAGUAUAUGCUAAAUGGAAAUAAUUCAAAAUUUGAUAUGCUCAACUCCAUUAAUAAUAUACCUUUCUCUAGAAUUACAAUAAACUAAAUCAUAUAUUAUAUAAGGGGUGAAUUUGCUGAAUAUUCAUAAGAGGCAAAAGAAUGAAGAAUAUAGCCAUUCUACAUUAAUUCAAGAUGGAUGGGACAAUUUGCGCAAAACAUGACCAAAAUCUCCCUCCAGGCGCGUGCGCUUGAUGUUGAAAUGCACAAGAUAAAAUUAUCAUAUUAUACUACACACUAUUUAGUAUAGUCACACGAAUAAUUUCACUUUAACUAUACUAUAUUUCGGUUAGAAUAGUAUGUCAAUUGAUGUUGAUUACCAAUUGUUGAUCCAAACCCUAAACCAAAACUCUAAACCAUAAAUACAAACCCUAAACACAAAUUCUUAUCCCAAACCAUAGAUCCAAACGGAGCUACCUAAACCCAAAUUCUAAACCCUAAACUCAAACCGUAAACCCUUAACCCAAACCCUAAACCCAAAUUGUAAAACCAUACCAUCGCCCAUAACGGAGCUACCUAAACCCUAACCUUGAAGGUCUAAACCCUAAACCCAAACCGUAGACCCUAAACCUAAACCGUAUAUCUUAAACCCAAACCGUAGACCCUAAACCCAAAACCCCCCUAAACCCAAACUCUAAACCCUAAACCCAACCGUAAACCCUUAACCCAAACCCUAAACCCAAAUUGUAAAACCAAACCAUCGCCCAUAAAUGAGCUACCUAAACCCUAACCUUGAAGGUCUAAAAUAUACUAAAUUUCAUUUAGAAUAGUAUGGUAAUUGUCGUCGUGGUGAUGAAACAACUGAACGUGGUGAUGCUACAUGUAGGAUCUUUUGUAGUAACUGAUGGUGAUGGAAGAAGCAGAGGAUGAGAAGAAAAAGAAGGAGGAUGAGGAGGAUGAGGAGGAGGAAGAGAGGACAAAACGUGGAGAUGAUUUAACAAUGCUUGUUGCAUUGUACUAUUUUAUGUUUAUCAAAUGGAAUAGUACAACGCAACGUGUACUGUUCAUCUUCUCCAGUAAUUCUACGCAUCCCCUGUUUCUCAAUCCACAUAUAUUGAAAAGUAGUAAAAUUGUAAACCCAAACAAAGAUAUGAAAAAAGUGAUCAGCCACAAUUAUCGGAUCAAAUGAUUACAUGGCGUGCGAAGCAUCACUUUCUAAGAAUUUGAUAAAACUUGUAAAUGAUCAUAGGAUAAAAGAAAGAGAAGAAGGAUCACUAGAAAUUUUAGAAAAGAAAAAAAGAAUGAAGAUCAAUGAUGUAAGUGAGAGUGAGAAUGUAACAGUGGAAUGAAGGGUACUUUUUGUCUUUAUACAUAUUAUACAAAGAAUAUCAUAGCCAAAAAAUUGUUACGGUUACAAACUUGAUUUUUGGUUUUGCUAUGUAUAUGUGUUCCAAUUCCCCUUAUAUAAAAGUCUUUUGGAAUUUAAUAAAUUUACUUUCAGAAAUUUUUCUUAUUUCCUUAUUGGAUAAAAAAAUCAAAAGUUCAAUUGAAUAUUUUUAAAUUACUAUAGGGGUUUUCUACUAAUUUUACAAGGUUAGCCAUAUUAGGGUUUAUAACAAAAUUUUUAAAUCUUAACAGAAUUUUAAUUAACAAUUUUUGUUAUUCUAAAUCGGCUUAUAUACUAGUUACCAAAUUCAUCGGUGAAACCGCAUGUCCAAAAUAGAUAUGAAAAUAUUGAUAUUAUCUAAUUUAAAUAAUUUAUUUAAAAAUAAUGAGCACAUUAAGUGCUGGUUGAUAGAUAAAAUAAUAUUACAAUAAAAAUCAAAACAAUAAAAAUAUAAUUACAUAAAUAUUAAUUUUCUAUUUAUUUGUUGGCAGAAAUAUAAAAUGCCUAUCGGAAUAUAACAUGUAUAAUAUUUUCUGUGUAUUUGAUAUAUUUUUGACGAACAAAAACAAAUUCCACGUUUUAUAAGCACGUGUCAAAGAUCUAGUUUCUAUUGAAAAUCAAGGUUAUUGAGAAAAAUAUAAAACCAAAAGCAUCAUUUAUUUAUUCAGUUUAAAUAUAUUUUUAUUCAUAAUUUUUAUUAAAUCCUUCAAUUUUCCAAAUGGGUGACAGCUAGAGCUGGGUUGCGGGUCAAACCCGCCCCGCUGAUCCGCCAACCCGCGGGUAAACUGAUUUUUUUUACUUAAAAAAUUUGACCCGCUUGACCCGCAAGAAGAAAAUAUGAAAUCCGCACCCACCCCGCUAAAACCCGCGGAUGAUCCGCUAGACCCGCGGAUAAUAUUAAAAAUUAUUAAUUUAAAUAUUUUUUAUUAAAAUAACAAUAAAAUUUAAUAUUUUAAAUAUUUUUAUUAAAAAUAACAAUAAAAUUUAAUAUUUUAAAUAUUUUUUAUUAAAAAUAAUAAAUAUUAAUCUAUUUAUAAUUAAAAUUAAAUUAUUUUUAAAAAAAUUUCUAUUUAAAAAUAAUAUUUUAAAAAAUCUUUUUUUUUUUAGUUUUUGCGGAUUGGCGGGUACCCGCACUGAAUUUUGGCUGACCCGCACCCGCCCCGUAUAAAAAUCACUCAAUCCGCACCCGCACCCGCGAACCAAAUUUUUCAAAUCACUCGACCCGCACCCGCCCCGCAGCGGAUCAAACGGAGCGGGGCCCGCGGAUAAUGAUUCAUAUUCCGAGCACUAGUGACAGCGUGAAAAGCAUUAGAAAUCAAUUAACUUAUAUGUUUGUUCACAAAUUCCCAUUCUCCCACCAAUUGACAAUCUGUUGUAAUAUCCAACUGUUUAUGUUCCAUCGACAUGCAAAUUAACCGAUGUGGGUCAAUCAUCUUUUUAUCUAUAUCAACGGCUUUAAUCUCCAUAUAUAUACACAAUGAACAGAGGAAGAAAGAGCAUGGGGGUGUUCCUUGGGCAGUGAGCAGCGACCUAAAGAGUUAUGUUUCGGUUUGGGUAAGCAGAGGAGAGAUUCUCGAAAAACAAAGAAACUGGAUUUGUAAGGUUUGGAAUAACGCAAGACUUCAUAUUGGACUCCAAGAAUUGUCAAGAAAAUAUCAAUGACUCAGAAGAAUCCCCACAUUCACAGCAAAUGUAAACUUUCUCUUCAUUCUAUAAGACUCAAACCUGUCCGCCAGUAGCAGAAACAGGACCAAACUUACCAAGUUGAUCAAUAUCCACAUGUUAAGUGGAACAAGCCAUCUCUCUGGUUUACAAAUUCAGGACCAUAUGGAACGCAAGUUCCUUAAAACAAGGGAAGAUCGAUAACUUCAUUCAAAACAAAUGUGCACAUGCAAUGACCCAUGGAAUGUAUUGACAAUCACAACGUUUGACUAGGAUAAUUCAUUGCCCACAGACAGCUUUAUACUUCCACAUAUCCUAAUUAAAGAAUUCCGGGUCCAACAAGUUCCGAUGCAGAAGAAAAAGGGAAAAGCAGAAAG